AUGAAAAUCAGUUUCGUGUUUUGUCUAGUGUUUCGCGAGGUUUUAACUGUUGUUUAUCUCGAUAAUGGGGUUGAUCAGACUUCAGUCAGCCGCUUCAAGGGCCCCGAAAUCGAAUUGGAGAUUUUAAACCUUCUGGGGCUCCCAAACCGGCCGAAAAAAGUCAACAAUUCGGUCACAAAAUCAGCGGCCAAGUACAUUUUAAACAUUUACAACACUUUAAUGGAGAAAAGUGAUGGCCAUUCCAGAAGGAAACGAAGUGUGAGUGAAGAGGAAACUGUUGUUGAAAACAGCGACGUAAUUAUGACCUUCUCGCCCAUUUCAAAAAACCCCAAAAGACGCGAAAAGGGCAAAAAACUUUGGUUCAACGUGACUGAAAUGUCGCUCGCUGAAACCUUGCUCAGCGCCGAACUGAAGCUUUACCAAAAAGGGGCCCUGAAAAAGUCGGGGCUUUAUUUAUCGGUUUAUCCGGUCGAGAAGCCGGGUCGGGAAAUCCGCCCCGAAGACAUCGGUUUGGCCACCUCGACGAGCCCCUUCAUCGUCGCUUUUCUCAAAGCCCCCACGCGCGUCCAGCCGCGAAGAAGCGUUCGUGCGUUGAGUGCGAAACACAACUAUGUUUCAGUCAUGAAGCACCAACACGGAACCAGUUGUCGCAUACACACCCUGUAUAUAAGUUUCAAGGACUUGAAGUGGCAGGACUGGGUAAUAGCGCCUGAAGGAUAUGCGGCUUAUUAUUGCGCCGGCGAGUGCAAUUUUCCUCUGACUGCCCAUAUGAACGCCACAAAACAUGCUCUAGUUCAGAGUUUGGUGCAUUUGAUUCAACCUAAGAGGUUCCCGAAGCCGUGUUGUGCACCCACGGAGUUGGCACCGAUUCCUCUUGUUUAUUAUUUGGACGCAGGGACUAGCAAUGUUGUGCUGAAGAAGUAUAGUAAUAUGGCUGUUAAAAGUUGCGGGUGUCAUUGA